AAGGAGAUGAACCCCCACUGCCUCAGUCUCUUUGGGUUUCUUGUGUAAUGGGUGUGGGCAGAAACAGAUUGUUUCCCGGAAAGGAAACUCACGUAUAGUGUUUGAGACAGAUAAAGGGCGAAGAGAAAACAGCUCUGUGUUACUGUCGCCCACUAAAAUAACAACAAUAAUAAUAUAUAAAAAAACAUGUAAGUAAAGGACUACAACGCAAUAUCUACGGCAUCAGUAUCCACAGCACUUCAGUUUGAACAAGUAACAGAGCAUCAUUUGCAGCCUUCCAUCAUGGCAACAAAUAAUGGUUACCCAACUGAACUCCAACCACAGAAAAAUGCUAUUAAUCCCACCCCUCCUUAUAACCAGGGACAAGCCAUACCAGGCCAAGGUCAAAUGCCUGUGAUGCCAGUUCCACAAAGACCUGCUGGCUGCCCACCAGGACUGGAGUACCUGACCCAGAUUGAUCAACUUCUUGUACAGCAGAAAGUUGAGAUGGCUGAAGUUAUAUUGGGCUGGGAGACCAAUAAUAAGUACACAGUGAAGAACUGUAUGGGGCAACAGGUGUUCUUUGUGGCUGAGGAAAACAACUGCUGUAAUAGACAGUUCUGUGGACCACUGCGGUCAUUCGUCCUCCAUGUUCAGGAUAACAUGGGACAGGAAGUGAUGACACUCACUCGUCCUCUGAAGUGUGGAAGCUGCUGUUUUCCCUGUUGCCUGCAAGAGCUUGAAAUCCAGUCUCCACCAGGCAACCCGAUUGGAUAUGUGAUCCAGAAUUGGCAUCCUUUCCUUCCCAAGUAUACCAUACAGAAUGAGAAGAAAGAAGCAGUUCUGAAGAUUUCGGGGCCGUUCUGUUCAUGCAAAUGUUGCGCUGAUGUGAACUUUGAUGUUUUGUCCGUGGACGAAUCAACAAAGGUGGGCAGAAUCGCUAAACAAUGGACCGGUAUGGUGAGGGAAGCUUUCACGGAUGCAGACAAUUUUGGAAUCUCCUUUCCUAUAGAUCUGGACGUGAAGAUCAAAGCUGCUCUUUUCGGAGCGUGUUUCCUCAUAGACUUCAUGUUCUUUGAACACAAUAAAUAACUUUUCUGGAUGUCAUGUAAGUUGAAUUUUGAACUUUUGAACUCCUCCUCAACUCUCAAAAUCUUAACCAUGGUUUCAAAUGUGGAUCACUCAGUUAAAUAUUAUGGACAAGUUAUAUUAUACAUACUGUAUUACAAUGUACAUUACAUUAUAGAGUAUAUUCCUUCACUACAGUCGUUGAGCCACCACUAGGUGACAGCAAUUCCCUUUACAAUAAUAUUGAGAUGCUCUCCUGUAUCAACAAAGUAUACUUUGCCAAAAGAAUUAACUGCAAACUAUAUCACUUAUUAUUAUUAUCAUUAUUAUGAAAUACAAAAUAAAGAAACUUGUAACAAGCAAAAUGUUAAUGGCUUGAUUUCGCUGCAUUUCGUUAUAAUAAAUACUAGAAUAAACUGUUAUAGAUC